AUUCAGUGACUAAAUGCGGUUUGGUGAAGAUGCAUCAUUAUUCAACAACAUUCUCAGAAGUGAAACCAAAAAACUGCAAAAGAACAUCAAAUCUUGAGAGAGAGAAAAUCAACGAUAGAUCAUAAAUAAUAUGUGAUAUAAAAGUGCUCUGAAACAAAAGAAGACUCAUUGAAUCUCUGUAUAUUUUAGAUUCUAAUCCAGCAGUUGGAGACAUGCAGGUUUCUUGAUUUUAUCUUUGCUGCAAGUUUAAAAUAAAACAUCUCUGAAGCCAAUGGAAGUGACACUGACACCAAAGACUUUGAGAGCCCCAGAAUGGCCGCAAGAGGACCAUCUUUCCAGUUUGAAGGCUUUAGCUGAGAAGUUAAAACUGGAGACCAGAAAGACGUCGUAUCUGGACUGGAGAGCUCAGCUGGAGGUGAUGCUAAACCAGAGCCACAGAGAUGAAGAGAUUAAAAAAACGGAGAAACCACACACAGAAAACACACUGAGGAAUCAAUCAGGACACAUACGAGGGUUUGGAAGUAUUGAUCAAGCGCUGGAGUGGCUCAGGAAAGAGCUGAUAGAGAUGCGUCUUCAGGAUCAGCAGCUCGCACUUCAGCUGAUGCGUUUGCGCAGCGAUAUAAACGAUCUGAGAAUCGUGCAGACGUGCAACCAACACCGUGAGAUGCUGAACGACGCCACCUUUGAGCUGGAGGAACGGGGCGACAUGUCAGAUUUAUGUGAUGUGCCAUUGUCUCCUGGAUUAGGCCUGUCCACACCGCUUAAAGUCAUUGGUGUCACAAAAAUGAACAUCAACACCCGCCGCUUCUCCCUCUGCUGACAGACACACUUUAUUCAAAGAGAAUGACAUUAUAGAGUGCACUGUAAAGAAUAUCUGUAGAUUAACAGUUUUCAUAUUUUCACGUGUUUACUGUUUAUUUACGGUUGUGAAUUGCAUUAUGGGAUGUUGAUCUCUGCUCUGUCCACUUUUAAUGUUGAAAAUGCUACUCUACAGUUUAACAAAGUGACUUAUUGAUCUUUUAGUAGUUUGAUUUAAUAUAAUGUAUAAGAAAUAGAGAGAAAUGAGUGUGUAAAUAACAAAAAAUGUGCUGCAGUUUAUUACAAGGUUUCUGUAGAGUAAUGUACAACACCAACCCAGACAAUACAUCGCUUUGAACUAUUAAAAAUGUUCAUAAAAGUAACUUAUUGACCUUUUCAAGGUAAAAAUUUAAAUAAGAAAGUUCAAGGUCCCGUAAUGCAAUGCAAAAGCAUAAAUAAAUGGGGAAAAAUAUAAACAUGAAUCACAAAAUACGAAAACGGCUAAUUUGUGGAUAUUUUUUACAGUGUAGAUCUUGGACAUUGACAUUUUCAGCCUUUUACAGUUAAAGAGAAUAAAAAAAUGUUAGCCCUCCUGUGAAAUUAUAAUAUUGUUUUUAGGGUAAAAUGUUUUCUGCAGAAUGUUUUUUUUUUUUUACUUGACUGGAAUAUAUACAGUUGAAGUCA